AUGGCGUUUGGUGUCAAAUAUUCUGAAGAUUUAAUGGGUAAUCAAGGAUGCCCUAUUUCUUCUUCAGGGGCAGAAGCGGUGUUGCAGUGGUAUCUCCAUGGCGGCCCCGGCGGGAGGAAAAACAAGAACAACAAGAGUAGUGAUGAAGCCAAGAACAAUCUCUUGGCUAUGAGAUGGAAUUUGUGGUACGCAGAUAAGGGAGGGAAGAAAGAAUUGCGUCACACUUCGCCACAGGGAAAAGUUUAUUACACACUCAGGACAGCCUGCAAAGCUUGCAUGAAUGAAGGAGUUCUUAAAGAUUCUUGUCCAGAAUCUUCUGAUGGUUUACAGUCAAGAAAGAAGAGGAGGAUGGAGAAGUCAAAAAAUCCAGAGGCACCCAAAAGAGGAAAAACGUUGAAAACAUUGAAGAAAUUAAGAAAACUUCAAAAGUGCCAGAAGCCAACCCGUGUGCAAGUGAUUCCGGGAACUUCAAGGUGUAAUCUUAGAGUUUUAUUGUCUCGGUUGAUAGAAAAGAAACUGUUAACGCCAGGGGCAUUUGUCUGUUAUAGUGGGAAUUUGGGUGAAGGGUGGAUAACUAGUACAGGAAUCAAGUGUAAAUGUUGCAAUAAGGCGUUUACAAUCAGUGAUUUUGAAGCUCAUGUGGGUAGCAAGAAGCGUAGGCCGGCUGCUAAUAUUUUUCUUGAAGAUGAGAGGUCUCUAUUGGACUGUCAAAAGGAAUUGUUGUGCAAUAACAAAUCGAAAAAUGGUGAAGAGAAGUUUUGUGAUCAGAUGGAAAAUAAGCAUGAAGAUGUGAGUUAUGAUGUGUGUUGUGUUUGCCACAAUGAAGGUGAAUUAAUCAUAUGUGGUUCAUGUCGUUCAACAUACCACAAGAGCUGCCUCGGCUUGAAGGAUGUUCCAACUGGAGAUUGGUUCUGCACAUCUUGUCGUUGUGUGAUAUGUGGUGUUGCAAAGUUUGAGAAAACAAUGAAAAAUUCUCUGGAUGAUGAAAUUCUUCACACUUGUGAUCAGUGCGAGCAUAAAUUUCAUAUGGGUUGCCUGAGGAGAAGAGGGGAAGUUAAGGUGAAAAAUUAUGCUCAUGAUAAAUGGUUUUGUAGUGAUAGGUGUGAACAUACUUUCACUUGCCUCCAUAAGCUUUCAAGAAUGCCCAUAUCUCUAGGUGUGGAUAAUUUAACCUGGAGAUUAUUGAAGUAUAAUAAGGGCUUAGAAGAGAACCAGAGGAUACUAAAUGAUGCAAUUGAUGUUAUGCAUGAAAGUUUUGAGCAAGCUGUGGAUCCUUUGACGGGAAAAGAUCUUGCCGAAGAUGUUAUCUUAAAUAGCAAAUCUGAAAUGAAGCAUAAGAAUUUUAAAGGAUUCUACACAGCGGUUGUGGGUAGGAAGGGGGAAAUAGGUUCUGCAGCAACUGUUAGAGUGUUUGAUGAGGUUGCUGAGAUACCAUUAGUUGCUACUAGGUUCAAGUAUCGCGGACAAGGAAUGUGUCGUAGUCUGAUGGGUGAGCUUGAAAGGCAGCUCGUUGAAAUAGGAGUGGUGAAACUGAUACUGCCUUCAGCUCCUAGUGUGCUAAAUACAUGGAUUACGAAAUUCGGGUUUUCAAAGAUGACAGAAUGCGACAGACUCGAGUACUCAGACUAUACUUUCCUGGAUUUCCAGGAUACAAUCAUGUGUCAGAAGAUGUUAAUAAAGAAGCCUUCUGCAAACUUGUGCCAAUCAGGAGCAACUUGGUCCAGCCCCACCUCUGUAUUGUUCGGUGGAAAUUGCGCACAAGGGUUGUAA